AAAUCAUCACAUGCCCAUUUUGCCCCUAUAAAAAAUGACACAAAAAGCUAAAGUUUCAGUCCUUGUAUUGGAGACUGGAAACAUAACUCUUACCAUCCCUAUCUCAAUUUUCUUUCCAAGGAUUUAAAAUUCCUGCAUGUUCAGAUCACAUCCCAUUUUAUUUUUUUCCCCACACCCCCAUGAAUAUAACUACAGAAAUCUCACAACCCAUUUGUGCAUUUUACUAUUAGCUCCUGCCAGAACACAAACCAAGGUAUAAUAUUAGCAGAGAGAGAAAGAGAGAGGAUUUUGGGAAUGGUGAGAGAGUGAGAAUUGGGUUCCAUGGAAUUGGUGGGGGGAGAGCUGGAAUGGACAAAAACCCUGAAUAGUUGGUGUUAUUUUGAUCACAGAAGAAGACAGCACCAAUGUACAAAAACACAAGCAGUUACAGAAGAAGAAACAAAAGACACAGAAAACUCCACGAGCAUGGCUCCUAGUUGCUACUAUUUCAAGAUCUCCCCAGUCAUUCCCAUUUUUGUUUUCUUUCUCUCUGUUUCUUCCUCAAUUUGUCCGGUUCGUUCGUCGGCUUCCGGCGACCGUAGUCAGAAUUUACGGCCAAGUGAAGAGACACAGAAGUUGAAGACGGCUAGAGCUCAUCUCAACAAGAUCAAUAAACCUGCUGUCAAGACCAUUUUGAGUCCAGAUGGUGAUCUGAUAGAUUGUGUUGCAGCUCAUCAACAACCAGCAUUCGACCAUCCUAAAUUACAAGGGCAAAAGCCAUUGGAUCCACCGGAGAGGCCGAAAGGGCACGACCCAAAUGGACUGGACGGGGAAAAUUACCAGCUAUGGAGCUUGAGUGGGGAAUCCUGUCCAGAGGAAACAAUUCCGAUUAGAAGAACAAGUGAGAAAGAUGUGUUGCGAGCCCGCUCGGUUCAGAGUUUCGGAAGGAAAAUCCAGAGACCACUUCGACGAGACUCUUCCAGCGAUGGCCAUGAGCAUGCAGUGGGUUAUGUAAGUGGAGAUCAAUAUUAUGGAGCAAAAGCCAGUAUAAAUGUAUGGGCACCCCGUGUGGCUAGCCUGAAUGAGUUCAGCUUAUCACAGAUGUGGGUCAUCUCCGGUUCCUUCGGCGACGAUCUCAACACCAUUGAAGCCGGUUGGCAGGUUAGCCCAGAGCUGUACGGCGACAACUAUCCAAGGUUCUUCACUUAUUGGACGAGUGAUGCAUAUCAAGCCACUGGAUGCUACAAUUUGCUCUGCUCGGGCUUUGUUCAGACUAACAACCAGAUUGCAAUUGGGGCUGCGAUUUCCCCAACGUCGUCGUACAAUGGGGGUCAAUUUGAUAUCAGCCUAUUAAUAUGGAAGGAUCCAAAGCAUGGGAAUUGGUGGCUUGAAUUCGGAUCCGGGGUCCUAGUCGGGUACUGGCCCUCAUUAUUGUUCACGCACUUGGCGAAUCAAGCAACCAUGGUUCAAUUCGGAGGAGAAGUCGUUAACAGCAACCCGUCGGGUCCUCACACGGCGACCCAAAUGGGCAGCGGGCAUUUCGCAGGCGAAGGAUUCGGAAAAGCAUCGUAUUUCCGAAACCUCCAAGUGGUUGACUCGGACAACAGUUUGGUUCCGUCGUCGGGUCUCCGGGUUUUGGCAGAUCACCCGAAUUGCUACGACAUUCAAGGCGGGAUUAAUAGCGUUUGGGAGAAUUAUUUUUACUACGGAGGGCCUGGACAGAAUGACAAGUGUCCCUAAAGGGAAAAGGUAUAUGGGUUGAAAUUAAGAAUCCUUCUUUUUUUUUUUCUUUUUCGGUUUGGGGUGUUUUGGGUUUUCCCCUUCAUUGAGUUUUGGGUAAUUCUUAUAUUUAUUUUUCCUUGUUAAUCCAUUUUUCAUCGAGUCCAACAGAUGGUGAUCCAUUAAUUGUACCACCUUUAGGGACUUUUAUGUAAAUGAGAAGAAAAAAAAGUGAAUACAUAUAUUAUCAAUUAUGAUUUCAUUUUCCUCUUCCAUAUA